AUGAUCUCGACCAUUCCUCCCCCUCGUCCUAUCUCUGUCAACUCGCUGGAGAGAAUUCCAGUAAUCCCUACCCUUCCAUACUCCAAGGAAGCAAGCCGAAGUGCCAGCGCCGGAUUUGAGAUCCACGAUGACCCGAUUCCUUCCACCACUGAACCUGGUCAGCCGGACUGCCAGACUACAACUUUUACGGCGGCGGAAUUGCAGGUAAAGUCGAUUGGGCCCCAGCCGUAUCGGUCCGGGGUGCGCUUCCAUGAUCUCCCGGCCGAAGUUCACGAGGCCAUUCUUGACCAUCUGUUCGGGGAACGUGUUUCGGCGCUUACAAUGGGGGCUCCUGGGAAGUCUGCCCGUAAUUGGAGCAGGUGUCUACGACAUCCCAGGAGAAAGGUGCUCUCCGAUCUUGCCCUUAUAUCGCCAGUGUGGAGGGUUCUGGUGCAAGAUCGAAUCUACAGACAUAUCAAGAUCAAGGGCACCACGGAUGAAUUGGCGGAGAGCGCAAGUUGGUUCAGUGCACAUCCCCAUCUGGCCAAGUAUGUCCGUCAGGUCGAGGUCUGGGUACCGGUCUGGGGCAACCGGGCAGCCCGGAGUGUGACCGUCUAUCAGCCGCGCCGGCGUUUCCAUGACGAGCACAUAGCCGUGAUGGAUGUGACAGCUCUUCUGCAUGCCACAAUGACGUGGGAGAAUCCUGAUACCUUUCACCCGCGAGGCCACACCUUCUACCUGUCCAGUCACAAUGCCACCCUGGAGGACAUUUUCCACCAUGUAAAGGCGUGCUUUCCCGAGGCGCGGAUUCUCACCCUUGAAGGGGGCCAUUGCAAGAAGCCGCCUAUGAUUCGUCAUUUUAGGAACGAUCCAUACGGGCUGGCUGGAAAGGAGUGCUUUCCGGUGUUGCCGAACAUACAGAUCUUUGUUAUGCGAGGAGCGUGGAAUAUCAUGCGAGACUACCAACACUGGCGCAACCUGUCUCAGGCGUUGCCGGGUUUGCAAGAGUGGCACUGUGCAUACGCGAAACCGAAGAUCGAAGGCUACGACACCAUCGCCAAGAUUCUGGUCAAUCCGCCGCCCUCACUACUUCAUCUCAACAUCAGCCUGGAAGGCUUUUCGAACAAGGAAAACACGCACUCUUCCUGGUUCAGCGAUGGGGCGCAACCGCCACACCUGUGUCGUCUGUUGGGAGAACUCGCCCCCAGACUCAUGUCAUUGACCUUUACAGGCAAGGUCUGCGCAUGUUUUUUCCAGGCAACCAGCAACACGUCGCCGCCUUGGCCGAAAACGUCAAAUCUCCGAUACCUAGACCUGGCAGUCAAGACAUGCUGCCGUGAAAAGAAGGCGGGUUCGGUCUUUCCAUUCUUUGAGGACUUUUCCGGCAUCGGGAACAUGAACUUCAUCCGCUCGUUCGAGAAGCUGGUUGUGGGGGCGGUCCAGAGCCUCGGAGUCCAUCCGUCGUUGAAUCAGAUUCGCAUCCGGUUCAUCGAUCUCGACUCGGCCUGUCCCCUGCUGAAUCCGUACUUUCAGCUUUCGGGGAAUUUAUGUACCGGCCUCUGGAGCGACCGGAUUCUGUAUGCCUUGAAUGAGUUCCGCCCGCAGGCACGGUUCGUCGAGCUCCGAGACGGCAUCUACCCGCAGUACGGGCCAAACUCGCAGAUCGUCGGGGCCGUUCUGCCGCGCGCGCGGCCCUUGAGUAUACAUGCCUGCGCGUACAGGAUCAUCGCGGAUGCGGGGAAGCCUUGA